AUGUCAGAGCCACAGUCUUCGCUGUUGUUAAAAAAGCAACUUGCAGAACUAAACAAAAAUCCAGUGGAAGGAUUUUCUGCUGGUUUGAUAGAUGACAAUGACAUAUAUAGAUGGGAAGUCCUCAUUAUUGGCCCACCAGACACAUUGUAUGAGGGUGGAUUCUUCAAAGCACACUUAUAUUUUCCUAAAGAAUACCCUUUGAGACCCCCGCGAAUGAAAUUUGUAACUGAAAUUUGGCAUCCAAAUAUUGAAAAGAAUGGUGACGUCUGCAUUUCAAUAUUGCAUGAGCCUGGAGAUGAUAAAUGGGGCUAUGAAAAAGCAUCAGAGCGGUGGCUUCCAGUACACACUGUUGAAACAAUCUUAAUUAGUGUUAUUUCAAUGUUGGCUGACCCUAAUGAUGAAAGUCCUGCUAAUGUAGAUGCAGCGAAAGAAUGGCGAGAGUCAUAUUUGGAGUUUAAAAGAAAAGUAGCACAAUGUGUGAGAAAAAGUCAAGAGGAUUGUUCCUAA